AUGUCUAUCGAUUACAAAUUUCACCCAAACAAAAAAGCCACCAUAAUAACAGCACCAUUUUCUGGAGGUCAACCAAAAGGUGGUGUCGAAUUAGGUCCAGAAUAUAUUUUGAAUGCUGGUUUCCAAAAACAGAUUGAGUCACUUGGCUGGGCUACCAAAGUAGUAAACCCCCUUGCUGACGUAUCGCUUGAAGAGAAGAAAUCAAAUAUUAAGGAUGACCAUGGUGUGAAAAAUGCUGCUAUUGUUAGUAAAUGUUGUCAAUUACUUUUUGAAGCUAGUAAAGAAAGCUUGAGUGAAGGAAGAUUGCCUUUGGUUGUUGGUGGUGACCACUCUAUUGGUACUGCUACUGUUGGUGCUAGUCUAGCCCAUAACCCAGAUACUUGUGUUGUUUGGGUGGAUGCUCACGCUGAUAUCAAUAGUCCUAAAACUACUGAUUCUGGUAACUUGCAUGGAUGUCCUUUGAGUUUCUUGAUGGGAAUUGAUGAAGAAUCUUAUCCUCCGGAAUAUAGCUGGGUUCCACGUGUAUUGAAAUCCAACAAGUUGGUGUACAUUGGAUUAAGGGAUGUUGAUGAAGGUGAAAAGAAGAUUUUACGUGAACACAACAUUGCUGCUUUUUCAAUGUAUCACAUUGACAAAUAUGGUAUUGGUAAAGUUGUUGAAAUGGCAUUGGACAAAGUAAAUCCCAACCGUGAUUGCCCUGUCCAUUUAUCUUAUGAUGUUGAUGCUAUUGACCCUUCAUUUGUACCAGCCACCGGGACUAGAGUCGAAGGUGGUUUAAGUUUAAGAGAAGGAUUGUUUGUUGCCGAAGAAAUUGCGCAACUGGGAUUGUUGCAAAGUUUGGAUAUCGUGGAAACUAAUCCAAUGUUGGCAGAGACCGAGGAACAUGUGUUGGAUACCGUGAGUGCAGCUUGUGCCAUUGGUAGAUGUGCUUUGGGUCAAACUUUACUAUAG